AUACUGGUCCACAAAUUAUACUCCACACAAUAUACAGAUAUAUAUGUAAUAAAGACACAUUUAUCAACUGAAUUUCAACUACUAGUGCAAUCUGAAAUGGCUUCACAGCUGCAAAUCUCCUCAAGGUUCCAACAAAAUGGGAUGAUGGGUCUGAGUUCCACUUGUUUAUCAUCAUGUUUGUCAUCAAAGAAGAGUGAGGUUUGCUUCAUGAUCCCAAAAGAAAGGAAAGAGAAUAGUCUGAUGAUGAAGAAGAGCCACAAGGGUAAUGUUGGUAAUGACAACAAGGGGUUGUUGUGUUCUAAGUUGGAGACAGUUGAGGCAGCUGUGGGUGUAGUUACUGAGGUUGGUAAGGACACUUUUUGGCCUCUUGUUAAGGCUGCUGCUGAUAAGAUUGUGGUUCUUGACAUGUACACCCAAUGGUGCGGUCCUUGCAAAAUUAUAGCUCCCAAAUUGGCGGAACUGGCUCAGGAGUAUUCUGAUGUUGUCUUUUUAAAGAUGGACUGCAACCAGGACAACAAGCCUCUGGCGAAGGAGCUAGGAAUAAAGGUGGUUCCGACUUUUAAGAUAAUUAAAAAUGGUGAGAUUGUUAAGGAAGUAACUGGUGCCAAAUUGGAUAGAAUAGUAUCUGCGAUUGAGGAAGUUCGAUCCAGUUAAGAAUAUUAUCUUGCUUCCAGAACAUAAUCGUCACCAUGUAAAGUUCUUCUAUUGUCAUUGCUAGCCUGUUUAUUCGAUCUCCAGAUGAUUUUCAUUGUAUUUUAUGUCCUUGAUGCUCGUACUCGUGUAUGUAAUUCAUCUUCUAGAAAGGAGGUUGAUGCUCUUUGAUUUGA